UAAAAGGCGAAGAAAACUACUGCUUUAUCCCGCAUUUUUAUUUCUUCGUCUGGUUGAUUUUUCCCCGCGGUAUGUCUCUUCGUUGCCUAUCUAUUGUCUCUUCGAAUGUUGCGAUCAACUCCCAGAGAUUUUGUCGGUUUUCGCUCAAAAAUAGAAAAUGGUGUUAUGACGCAAUGCUGAAACCCGAAGUCUCAUAUUCGAUGAGCUCAAGGUUUGCUAGCAAUAAAGUAGCUGAAGAAAAGCCAUCACCUCCUAGGGAUAAGAAUGAAGUAUACUAUUUCAAAGCUUCACUCAAUAAACAAGAAUUGCAAAGUCUUAUUGAGUCAAAAUCACCAGUGAUAAUAGAUGUGCGGAACCCAAAAGAUGUUGAAAAAACUGGCGCUAUUCCUGGGUCAAUCAAUAUUCCUCUAAGGGAUCUCAAAAAGUGCCUUCUGCUGCCAGAUGCUGAGUUCUUAGAAAACUUUAAAAUAACAAAAUCACAGUUCUCCCAGGAGAAUGUAAUAUUCUAUGGGUGGCAAGAGGUUACUGGCGCUUCAGCCUGCGAGAUUGCUCACAAUGCUGGCUUUAAAAAGUACUUACAUUUCGAUUUAAUAUUCAGGGCUAAAUAUUAUCCAGCUGGAUGGAACGAGUGGUCAAUAAAAAACGCAGAGUCUUUAAGUUCCGGGAUGGCUCGCGGAUGCCGAUAUAUAGCCUUGCAUGAUUGA